UUGGAAACCACGAUCCAUCUCACUUCACAAUUUCAAUGACAAAAAUUGAGAUUUUAUUUUGGUGCUUGUUGAGAAAUGUUCAUUAAUUACAAUAAACUGAUAUAUGUACAAAAAUCAGCAACCCACAUAAUAUUUGUGUUUUCGAGGCUAGUUUAAGCUCGUAUUAUGUUUAUACACGACUAUAUUGGAGGAUAACGAUUAUAAUGAUUGGAAGUGUUCAGUCAGAAUAACCUAAGAAACACUUGAACACAUGCAAAAUUUAUUGCUUUUUGUGUUAAAUUAAGAUAAUAUGGCGGAUAAAAUAAGGAUUAACUCAAAGUUUGAUGAAUCAAAUAAUUAUGAGCCAUCAGAUUCGGAAAACGAAUAUUCAACAACGGAAAAGCAGAUUUUAGAUAAACUCCGUAAAAGAAAACAUCAAAAUUCAGAUAGUGAAGAAGAGGUGUAUGCUUUUUCUGAAUCUGAGGCUGAUUCUGAGGGAAAAAGUGAUUUAGGUAUUGCUGAUAGUGAUUUAGAUGGAGCAGAAAAGUCAGAUGACGACUUGCCAGAUUCCAAGGCAUGGGGUAAAAAGAAGAAGUCUUAUUAUUCAACAGAUUAUGUUGAUGAAGAUUAUGGAGGGUUUGGUGAUGAUGAGGAAGAUGCUCUCAUGGAAGAGGAAGAAGCCAAAAGUAUACAAAAGAGAUUACUCGAACAACUUGGAGAAGAUGAUUUUACUCUGGAGUUUUUCAACAAGCAGGCUACUAAAAGCGAUAAUGGCGAAAUUUUAAUAAAACAUGAUGUAAGUCAGAUGUCAAAAAGAGAAAAGCUGCAAUUGUUUGAAAAAGAGAGUCCAGAGUUUUCUGGUCUUAUAGAGGAUUUCAAAUUAAAGUUAACUGUAGCAAAAGAUGAUUUGCACCCUGUGUUGGAAUUAGUAAAAGGUGGAAAGCUACCUAGUUGUUCAGCUUCUAAAUUUGUCAAAACUAAUUAUGAUUUGAUCUUAAACUAUUGCACAAACAUAAGCUUUUAUCUAUUAUUAAAAAGUCAAAAAAUUAAUAUUCAAAAUCAUCCAGUAAUAAAGAGGUUAUAUCAAUAUAGACAAUUGCUUAAAAAGAUGGAACCUAUUUACAUAGAAGUCAUAAAACCACAAGUAGAUAAAAUUUUAAAUUCAUUGAAAAACAAUUUAGAAUUGCAACUCAUAAAAGAAAAUAAGAGUAAAAAGCGUAAAAGUGAUCAGCCACCUGAGAACCCUACUAAGAAGUUGAAGUUAUUAAAUGCAAUUGAGAAAAACGAGGGUGAAGAUACUGGUGUUUCUGACUAUGAUGAUGAUGAUGAAGCUUUAAAUGAUGUUGAUAUCAAAAACAAAGUUGAAAUUGGAGAUCAAUAUAAUAAUCAAUCAGAAGAAAGUGGGUUCUCAGACAAUGACGAGCCAGAAGAUGAACAUAGGAAACCAACAAGUUCUAAUAAAGUGAAAGAUGUGAUAUCUGAGGAGGUAGGAGAUAAGAGACAGAUAACUUACCAAAUUGCCAAAAACAAAGGCUUGACUCCACACAGAAAGAAAGAACAAAGGAAUCCUAGAGUAAAACACAAGCUGAAAUACAGAAAAGCUAAAAUAAGGAGGAAGGGGGCAGUUCGAGAGCCAAGAACAGAAAUUACCAGGUAUGGUGGAGAGCCUUCUGGUAUAAAGGCAAAUGUGAAAAAGAGCAUUAAAAUAAAAUAGCAUUCUGUUCAAAACUAUGUUUAUUAAAUAGUAUUUUUACAAUAAAAUCAUAAAAGAAUAUUCUUUUUUCUUCUAAUGUUGCCACCUGCA